AUGGGUCUUCGUUCUGCUUAUGGAGAGGUGAAGGAUUGUUUCCAGGCAAACUUGCUGUAUUUUGCUGUGUUUAGUAAUGUGUACAUUGGGAAGCUGAGGCAGCUUUUUGGGAGUGCUGUGCCUGCUUUCCCUCCAAAGUUUUACCUGGCGAUGACCAAGUCGAUGGCAGAUGAGAGACGGUCUCAGCUGGAGCAGUACCUUCAGAAUGUUACUUUGGAUUCAAAUAUUACCAAUAGUGAUGUCUUCAUAGGUUUUUUCCGAAAGCUACAGCAGGAUACAUUUAAGAUCCAAACCCAGAGAGCCUUUUUGGAUGUUUACCUCGCUGAUGGCAGCAAUAUUAGACUUGAUAUCCAGACAUCGGACACUGCAGAAAGAAUAUUAGAGGUUGCAUCGUGCAAGAUGAGGCUAUCAAGAGAAUUAAUAAAAUAUUUUAGCUUAUUUUUCUUUCAAGAUCAUGAUGAUGGAGUGCUCUCUGUGGUGAAAAAAGUAGCAGACUUUGAACUUCCUUAUGUGAGUCUUCAGAGCAUGAAAGAGUUGCACUGUAAGCUUGGGAUCAGAAAGUGGUAUAUGGAUCCUUCUCUUGAUACACUGCUGAUGGAUUGUAGAGCUUCACUGAAUUUGCUAUAUAUACAGGCAGUCCAGGAAGUUAAGAGGAAUUGGGUUAAACCAACAGAAGGGCAGAUGCAGGAACUUGAAUUUCUACAAAAAAAUGCGAAUAAAGCAAAGUUCCUGGAGCUGAUUCGAGAAGUGCAGUUCUACGGAUACGUACGGCUUGAUCCUUGCAUUUGUGACUAUCCAGAAGAAGGCUGCUCAGCUGACAUCUAUGUCGGCAAUAAUGAGAUUAACUGCUGCAUAAAAUUGCCUACUAAACAAACCAAAGAGGUCAGCUUUAAAAUCAACAGAUUAAAAAGUUGGCAGGUUACUUUUCUUGUAAGUACUUCACUGACUGAUGGUGAAGACGACACUCUGGAGCUCAGAUUUGAGUACAAUGAUUCAGGCACAUGGCAGUGGAUAAUUUUGUACACAAAACAGGCCUUUUUGCUCAGUAGCUGCUUGAAGAAAAUGAUAUCAGAACAGAUGAUGAAGGCAGCCAAAAAGGGACAAGAAAUGGAGAUCAAGAUGCCUGAAUCCACGAAAAACAGCGAGAAAUCCAGCAUCCAACAAAAGCAGGUAGUUCAUUCGAGUUUUAUAUCAAGGAAAAGAUUUUGGGUUAGGCCAAAUGAAGAGGACUGUGUAUUUGAGAAAAUAAGAGAAGAGGACCUGUGA